ACCCUCCAUCUCCCCUCUCCAUCUACCCUGACCCUUCUCCCUCUCCUCCACUCCUCUUCCCCCUGUCGUCGUCUCGCCUAACAUGGGCCGGCUGCUGGCCCUAGCCCUGGCCUACCUGGUGUACCUGUCGACUGCAGUGAUUGGCUCAGAGAAGAAGCAGCACCGGGUGCAGAAUGGGCCCUGCAGUUACACCUUCAUACUCCCCGAGGUGGAACACUGCCAACCCCUCAAAGACUUCCAGGUCACCAACUCCCUCCAGAGGGACUCCCCACCACCGCCGGCCUCAGACCCAGGAUCGAGUCACCCUGAGCAGGCCAAAGCCCAGUCCGCUAGGCCCUCAUGGCAGGAGAGGAAGCUGGAGAGUCUGGAGAGCACCACAGAGAAAAAUAGACAGUGGUUGCAGAAGCUGGAGAGGUACAUCCAGGAGAACCUGCGUUCUGGGAUGGAGGAGAUGAAGAGGAACGCUGUUCACACCCAGACGGUGGCCAUGUUGGAGAUCGUGACCAACCUCUUUAGCCAAUCAGCUGAGCUGACCCGUAAACUGACAGAUGUGAAGACCCAGGUGCUAAACCAGACCAGUAGAAUGGAGAUUCAGCUGUUAGAGUAUUCUCUGUUCACUAACCGUCUGGAGAAACACAUCCUCCAGCAGAAUCAGGAAAUCUCACGGCUCAACGAUAAGAACAGUUUGCUAGAGCAGAGGUUCUCAGCGUUAGAGGCCAGGCACGUUAAGGAGCUCCAGGGUCUUCAGAGGCAGGAACAGCAGCAGCAGGACAUGCUGGAGAGUCAGAGGCGCCUGGUCACCCAGCUACAGGGAGAGCUGGGGACCUCCACACACAACAGCACACUACUGCAGAAACAGCAGGCUAUACUGACUGACACAGUGCAGCAGCUGCUAGCCAUGGGCACCCACUGCAAUGAUAUACACAGUACACCCAAAGAGGAGCCAGUGAUCUUCAGAAACUGUGCUGAAAUCUUCAGAUCUGGGGUCACAGAGAAUGGUGUCCACAGCAUACGACUACCCAACUCUACCCGCACAGUUAAGGUGUUCUGUGAUAUGAAGACAAGCGGUGGGGGCUGGACCGUGCUGCAGCAUCGUAGAGACGGAGCGGUGGAUUUCCACCGUGGCUGGAGGGAUUACAAGAUGGGUUUUGGGGAUCCCUCGGGAGAGUACUGGGCAGGAAAUGACCUCAUACACCUGCUGACCAUCUCCCAGGAGUACAGUCUCCAGGUGCAGCUGAAGGACGCUGAGGGGAACGAGGCCUACUCCCACUACGAUCACUUCUAUAUAGACGCAGAGGACAAAAACUACAGUCUCCAUGCCCAGGGGUUUAGUGGUACUGCUGGACGCACCAGUAGUCUGACCCAGCCCGGGACCCAGUUCAGCACCAAGGACCGAGACAACGACCGCUGCUCCUGCAAGUGUUCCCAGAUGGCUUCUGGAGGUUGGUGGUUUGAGGCGUGUGGUCCCUCCAACCUGAACGGUAUCUACUACGCUGGCGUCUCCAACGUGGUCCGCUACAACGGCAUCAAGUGGUACUACUGGAAAGGCCCCAGCCUCAUGGCUACCAUGACUACCAUGAUGGUUCGACCCGCAGGCUUCUGAGGGAUAACGGCUGCGAUAGCUGAUGAUGUCAGCGGGAAGCGACCGAUGACAUCAGUAUGACUGACUAAAUUACUGACUGAUGAGCAAUUCCCGAAUAAUGAAGUUUGACAGAUAUUUGGAAUACAAUAUUUGAGUGGAGAUUUUUAGAAAUGUUUGAUUGAUGGACAUAUUCGAGCAGAGCAGGGUUUUUUGUCUCCAAAACUGUAUUCCGUUUUAGAUUUUUUUUUUUAUUCCCACUGAAAUGGCUUACAACAUAAACACGUGUUUUAUAAUGUAAUUGUACAUUACAGCGCCUUCAGAAAGUAUUCAUACCCCUUGACUUAUUCCACAUUUUGUUGUGUUUCAGC